ACACGUGAUCUUGUUCCGGCUCGCCAAAGAUGGCGGCCCCCAGAGCGGGAGCGUGGAAGUUGUUGGUGAAAGACGGUGUCCACCCGCGCUGGAAUUGAAACUGUGGGGACUGUGCGCCAUGUCGCGACUGAUCGUGAAAAACCUCCCGAAUGGGAUGAAGGAGGAGCGUUUCAGGCAGCUGUUUGCCUCCUUUGGCACCCUGACGGACUGCAGCCUGAAGUUCACCAAAGAUGGCAAGUUCCGUAAGUUUGGCUUCAUCGGCUUCAAGUCAGAGGAGGAGGCCCGGAUGGCCCUGAACCAUUUCAACAAGAGUUUUAUCGACACAUCCCGGAUCACGGUGGAGUUCUGCAAGUCGUUUGGGGACCCAACAAAGCCCCGAGCCUGGAGCAGACACACUCAGCAAAUAAGCCAGGCUAAGAAUCCUUCAAAAGACAAAGACUCCGUCCCCACAGAACCCAAGAAAGAUGACAGGACGAAAAAGGUAGCAAGUGAACUGGAGAAGCUGAAGGAAGACACCGAGUUCCAGGAGUUCCUGUCCGUGCACCAGAAGCGGACGCAGACAGCCACGUGGGCCAAUGACGCCCUGGACGCCGAGCCAUCGAAAGGGAAGAGCAAGGCCACCAGUGACUACCUGAACUUCGACUCCGACUCUGGGCAGGAGAGCGACGAGGAGGGUGCUGGCCAGGACCCAGAAGAGGAGGAUGGCCUCGAGCCCAGGGCGGCCGUGCAGAGGGAGCUGUCGGACAUGGAUUACCUGAAGUCCAAGAUGGUGAAGUCCGAGUCGCCGUUGUCCUCGGAGGAGGAGGAGAGUGAAGACGAAGCUGUGAGCUGUGGGGACGGGAGCGGGGCCAAGGAGGAGGCCCCCAGCCCCGCGCCCGCCCAGCAGGACAGAGGGAGGCCGGGGGCCGGCCCGGAGCAGGGCGCCUCAUCCGGGAACGAGACACCAGGGGCGGCCAGAGCUGAGGCAGACAAACCGGCAAACCAGAAGGAACCCACCACCCCCUACACUGUGAAGCUGCGGGGAGCCCCAUUCAGUGUCACGGAGAAGAACGUUAUGGAAUUCCUGGCGCCCCUGAGACCAGUGGCCAUUCGGAUAGUGAGAAAUGCUCACGGGAACAAAACAGGGUACAUCUUUGUGGACUUCAGCAGCGAAGAGGAAGUCAAGCAAGCUCUGAAAUGCAACAGGGAGUACAUGGGUGGGCGCUACAUUGAGGUAUUCAGGGAGAAAAACAUCCCUACGGCCAAGGGGCCCCUGAAGAGUAGUGCCAAGCCCUGGCAAGGCCGGACCCUCGGGGAGAAUGAAGAGGAGGAGGACGUGGCCGACUCCGGGAGGCUCUUCAUACGAAACCUGCCCUACACCAGCACCGAGGAGGACCUGGAGCAGCUCUUCUCCAAGUUUGGUCCUCUGUCUGAGCUUCAUUACCCGAUUGACAGCCUGACCAAGAAACCCAAGGGCUUUGCCUUCGUCACCUUCAUGUUCCCUGAGCACGCUGUGAGUGCCUACGCAGAAGUGGACGGGCAGGUGUUCCAGGGCAGAAUGCUCCACGUGUUACCAUCCACCAUCAAGAAGGAAGCCAGUGAGGAUGCGGACACCCCAGGAUCAUCGUCCUAUAAGAAGAAGAAAGAAUCUAAAGACAAAGCCAACAGCUCCAGCUCUCACAACUGGAACACGCUGUUCAUGGGCCCAAACGCCGUGGCGGACGCCAUUGCACAAAAGUACAGCACCACCAAGAGUCAAGUGUUUGACCACGAGACCAAGGGCAGCGUGGCUGUGCGCGUGGCCCUGGGGGAGACCCAGCUCGUCCAGGAAGUGCGGCGCUUCCUCCUCGACAACGGGGUCAGUCUGGACUCCUUCAGCCAGGCGGCGGCCGAGCGAAGCAAGACCGUGAUCCUGGUGAAGAACCUCCCGGCGGGCACCCUGGCGGCGGAGCUGCAGGAGACCUUCGGCCGCUUCGGCAGCCUGGGCCGCGUGCUAUUGCCCGAGGGCGGCAUCACCGCCAUCGUGGAGUUCGUGGAGGCCCUGGAGGCCCGCAAGGCCUUCAGACAUCUGGCCUACUCCAAGUUUCACCACGCCCCCCUGUACCUGGAGUGGGCUCCAGUGGGCAUCUUCUCCAGCUCAGCCCCGCAGAUGAAGGAACCCCGAGGUCCCCCAGCAGGACCGGCAGAAGAGGACAGGGCGGAAGAAGAAACCUUGCCAGACAACGAGACUCCAGGAGGUGAAAAGCCAACAGAGGGAGGAGCUGCGGACUCUCCAGAGGAGGAGGAGGAGGAGAGCCUCCCCGGGUGUACUCUGUUUAUUAAAAACCUCAGCUUCAGCACGACGGAGGAGACCCUGAAGGGAGUGUUUUCCAAAGUGGGGACAGUGAAGAGCUGCUCUAUUUCCAAGAAGAAGAACAAAGCAGGAGCGAUGCUCUCCAUGGGAUUUGGAUUCGUGGAAUACAGGAAGCCAGAGCAAGCCAAGAAGGCUCUCAAGCAGCUCCAGGGUCACGUCGUGGACAGCCACAAGCUGGAAGUGAGGAUCUCCGAACGAGCCACCAAGCCAGCUCUGACAUCCACUCGGAAGAAACAAGUUCCCAGAAAGCAGACAACGUCAAAGAUUCUGGUGCGCAACAUCCCGUUCCAGGCUGACAGCCGGGAGAUCCGUGAGCUCUUCAGCACCUUCGGGGAGCUGAAGACCGUCCGCUUGCCGAAGAAGAUGACCGGGACAGGCACACACAGAGGGUUCGGCUUCGUGGACUUCCUCACGAAGCAGGACGCGAAGAGAGCCUUCCACGCGCUGUGUCACAGCACCCACCUGUACGGCCGGAGACUGGUCCUGGAGUGGGCCGACUCGGAGGUGAGCCUGCAGGCCCUGCGGCGGAAGACGGCCGAGCACUUCCACGAGCCCCCGAAGAAAAAGCGGUCUGUGGUGUUGGACGAGAUCCUGGAGCAUCUGGAAGACAGUGAAAACGACAGUGAGGAGCAAACCCUUCAGCUGCGAGCUGGCACCGAGAGGAUCCUUGGCUGAUGGUGCUCACCAGGGCUGAGGAGAGACGGCUCCCUUUUUUGGAGCAGAGGAGAGACUGCACCUUUCCACUCUGCAUCCCUGGACAACCUCCAGCCUCCUCAGACCCCAGGAGGAAGCCGGCCUCUCUCCGUCAGAGCACCACAGCGACCCGCCCAUGCCGCGGAAUGAAUCUGGAACGUCAGUCCACAGGAAGCCAGCACUUAGGACCUGACGCACCACGGGAACAAAACUGUCUUCAAACCACGAGUGACAAGUGGCCCAUGGGCGAGAAAUCUGGCUCCUGUGCCUGCACGUCUUUCAAAUACUUGUUAUUCCUUUUCUUCCUUCACCUUUUAUAUGUAUGUUGGGUUCUUAUUUCUAAACGCAAAGACAAGAUGCCGUUUGAACUGCGUCCCCAGAACAGCCCCCUGUGUGGGCAUUUCCCUCGUUGACAACUCGGAGGGCGAGACCCGUGGCCGCAGCCGUGUUCUGGCUGUUGACCCUGCAGAGAUAAGCCCCUUCCCGCCACCUCCACCCGCCCUCUCCAGCCCUCCUGCCUUCCCCCUAUUCAGGCAAACAGGUUUUGCUUUUCAGCCCCAUUUCUGGUUACAUAUGUACAUGGCUGAUAAAAUAUUCCACUUCACCCCUUCUCCCCGUGGGACCCGCCGCCUUACGGGAAAAGGGUUUGUAUGACAGCGACCGCGACAGCCCCCGUGUGUCGCCUGGAAACGGCAGUGGGGGCCGGGAGGCUCUCUCCGGCUUGUCUUUAUUCAGAUUCCCUCUCCUGGUUCUGAGAAUGGCAUCACUAGAGAGAAGAGGCCUGGGCGUCCGCCAUGGGCUCUGGCCGAGGCCCAGGCGGCUGCCCUCCCGUUCUGGACAGCGGAGAUGCUACCCAGGUCCCCACUGGGGGCUGCCUGGGUGGCCCCCAUCCUUCGUCCUCCACCCGGACGGCCCGGCUGCGGAUGCUCAGCGCGGGAGCUCACCCGCCCUGGGCGCCUCCGAAAGCUGGGGCCAGCGCUGCACUGGGGUGGGAGGAGGUCUCAGGGAAGCCACCUUGGCUGGAUGGAGAGACCCCAGCAGUGGGGGGCUGGGCAUCGUGCAGAGGGAGGGGAUGGCCUGGCCGCUUGAUGCCGUCCGUGCCUGUUUUCUCUCUCCAGCCACUCGGGUGUCCGAUGCCUCCCUCCAGGAGUCACUGAUGUUCUCAGAUCCAGAGUAUUCCAGAGGCCCAAGGUAGGGGAAGAGGAAGGUGUCCUCAAGCUUCUUUCCAAUGUCCUUUUACAAAAUGCGGCAGCUCACAUUGCUCCGAGUUCAGGGCAGCCAGGUCAGUGCACCAGCCGUGGGCAAGCCCCCUCUGCGGGGGGGCCCCCUUCUUCCAGAGGGCCUCAACUCAGGGGAGCGGACGGUUGUGCACAGAGCUCCGCAAUGGGCGGGGCAUGAGGGGCCAGGCCACGCCCCUCUGCUGAAGAGAGCUUCCAGUCUGGUGUGGGGUUAAUAAGACCAGAAUGAAUUGAAUAAACUUCACGUGCGAGGUGCGGAGGCUUCUGGAAGACGGGAAGAAAGUGAGGUUUGGCAUGAAAGCAACAAGCAUUUAGGGGGCGCCUGGGUGGCUCAGGCGGUUAAGCGUCUGCCUUCGGCUCAGGUCAUGAUUCGGGGGUCCUGGGAUUGAGUCCGGCGUGGGGCUCCCUGCUCAGCGGGGAGUCUGCUUCUCCCUCUCUCUCUACCCCUCCCCCUGCUUGUGCUUGCUUGCUCUCUUCCUCCUCCUCUCUGUCAAAUAAAUAAGUAUUUAAAAAGAGAGAGAAAGCAACAAGGGUUUAGUAAGCAAGCACCCAUCUGGGCACUGGGGUGGUAAAGAUGAGAGAGACAGGGCCCUGGCCUGGGAAGGUUAACGUUUGGCAGAAAUGGCCUUUGCACAGAGAUGACUCUUAGAAGGCGGCUUCGAGUUGGGAGGUCGCCGGGGUGAAGAAGGGGCGUGAGUAUCCACACGUGCACUGAGACCCCUCAACCCAAGGCUGGGCGGGCUCCACACAAAGGUGCGUACGUGCAUUGCAUGUGAAACGCAGCCCGGUCCCUCCAUGCCGUGGCCCGAUGAACACGAGCUUGCGACACGGGGCCCGCAUGGAAAGAAAUGCAUUUGGGCCUAAAAAUAAGCCAGCCACUGCAAAAUGAUUAAUUCUGUCAUCUGUCUACUGAUGCUGCCGUCCUCAGCCUUGUGGUCCAGGAAUGAAGCAAAAAGGGCGGUGGGACACGUGAAAGCAUCUUUAUUAUGCCUCCAAAUUCUGCUGCUCUCUUCUCCUCGUUCAGUUUCACUUUGGAGAGUGUGGGUGUGUGAGCACGCGUGUGCACACACACGUUUUAUUCCUAACGACAGUGCUGUUAGGAGCAGUUCAAGUCCUGGGCUAAUUUGAGCUGUAGCCCCCACUUGCCAACACCCGCCAACAGUUCUGAGACUGUCGAUCUUUUUUUCCUUUCUCUUAAUUCAUUCAACAAAUACUCAUUGAGAGCCUCGUACUGCUGCCUUGCACUUGAACGUACCUUCUGAAGUCUUGUGGGAAAACAGACGAUAAACCAGGAAUGAAGAAACGUACAAUUGCAAGUAGAGGUGACGGCUAGGGAAAGGGCAGGCUCAGCCAAGGGGUAAUCUGGGAAGCCCGCCCUAGAAAGCGACUUUCCAGCCAAGAAUCGAAGCCAGAAAGGAAGCCACCCCAUGCUCGCGGACAUUGGAGGUGGGCUGCAGCAUCUCGGGCAGAGACAAGCAAGUCCCAAGGUCCAGAGGCAGGCAGACUGUGUGGUGGAGGACUGAAAGCUGGCCCGGUUCCUGCAGCGCGGCAGAUGAUGGAAGGAUGAAGUUGACAGAUUCGCGGCCACGCGGAGGCUCACGGUUCAUUCGGACAGGAAAGACAUAACGGAUGCAACAGUGAAGCACAGGAGAUGGGGUGAAAAUGGGAUGUGGCGGACACUGUGGUUAACACCUGGUUCCCGCUCCCUCUGCCUGCGUUGCCUUCCACCUGCUUACCCACCACCGUGGCAGCUAGAAGUGUCUGAGACACCAUUCUAGCCAAUCAGACCCAAGCAGAAAUCUGCUAGAAGCUUUCCAGCCCAAGUUUUUGUUUUCCUGAUAAAAGGGUAGUGAAACUGCAGGCCCUCACUCUUCCCCACUUCUUAUUGCUUUUAACUCAGAUGUGAUGCCCGGAGCUGCAGCAGCCAUUUUGCAACCUUGAGGGAAAGGCCAAGAGACUCGCAAAGACAGGCAAGCCAUUUAAAUUCCACACCAGGUACCUCCCUCCAGAUUUUUCAGUAUGUGGGAGGAAUGGCCCCCAUUUGUUUAAGACAUGGUUGGUUUUUCUGUUUUUUGUUUUCAAAGGCAUGCCUGGGCUGGUACAUAGGGUAAGGAAUUGGGGCUGGAGAGAAGUGAGUGGGUGCACCUGAGUUCAAAAGCAACAACCUUGAGAUUCUGAAACGGAACACCAGAUGUGGAAGAACCGUCCUUGACAGUAAAAUGAACCUACCAUUUACUUGAAUAUGGAAUGUUCGCAAUUUGUAUGAAAUACUGACCCACCUCAAGUCCCCUCUUUACUGGGAAAGGCUAAAAGGAAGUGAAUCGAGAUAGACACAGGUCCUCAUUUUACAGAUGACCCUUAUUUCACCCAAAAGCAAGCUGGGGGGAGGGGCAGACCUCCCCAUGUGCAAAAGACCGCUUUCUAGGGUUUCGUUCAUGGGUUCUUCGAACGUAGGUGGGGAAAGAGCCAGAGGUGAUGGAAAACAAGAGGGAGAGAGGGGAGAAAAUGCUGCUACAGAAGCCCUGACAAGGCCCUUGUGCUCCCCGCCAGGUCUCCAGAGUUUGAGGCACAUUAUGACAAUAAAUGUUCUGUGCAAUAGGAGAGAAGAAUUAUGAGAACGUGCAAAUUCUUUACAUACUAGAAAAAGGAGAAAAAAAAAACGUGUUCAGUGUUUUUUGUUCUCUCAAGAGGUCCACGUAAAUUCUGAAGCAGAAGUACGCAUUGAAAUAGAAAUCAUACAGCAGCCCCUAACUCCAGAUCGCCUAGCAUCGAGGGAGGCCUCAGUGAUGUUCUACUGGAAGGGAUGAACGUGUGAGCCCUGGUUCCGAGCAUCCGGCAGCAGGCCAGUCCCAGUCCUGCCCCCUUAAUCGAAUCCCUUGACCGCAGGUCAAGGCCAGUUGGGCCAAGAGAAACCAUCACGCCCAGGAGGAAGGUGCCAAUGCUGCAGAUCCUGAAUCCACAGCCCUCUGCCUAAGCUUGUGGCGUGAUGACAUCCCAUCAGCAAACAUUUGUUGAAGACCUGUGUGCAUACCGUCCCAAGUGCUGGAAUCAUCCAAGACCAAAGGUGGAUGCUGAAAUAUAAAAAUGGAUGUUAGGGGAGCUGCCCCAGAACUAAGAAUCAAGAACAUCCAACCACCACGUUCCGUGCUAGGGAAUGUGCUUUCACUGCCUCUCCACCAGCACGUGGCCGUUCUGGGCCUGGAAAACGCCACGUGUGGCAUCAAUGCUAAAGACCACACUGCUUUCAGUGGUAAGCAUCAUCUGGAGCCCUUCAAGGGGACGGCAUCCCAGAGGAAGCCUCCCAAGGCCUUGGUGUUAUUUGAAAUACAAGGACUUGCAGGAAGAAGCUAAGAGACGGUGCAGAAACCCCGCAGCUUGCACUUGGCUCUGUGUUCUGUGCUGGUCUGCGGCGCGCUGGACCCCAGGUGCAGGGAUGUGGCCCCGUGGUCUGACUUCUCUUUCCUGGCUCAAGGCAAGCCUUGGUGUUGACACGUUUACUAUUUAAAAAAUUGGAUGUGGGGUGUAAGGGAAAAGGAGAAAGACAGAAAAUGUAACUCAAGUAAGACCCAGACACCAAAAGAUCUGUGUGAGAAUGUUCGCGGCGGCUUUGUUCAUAAGAGCUAGGUCCUGGGAGCACCCCAAAUGUCUUCUCGGCAGUAGAACACGUAGAUAGAUCGUGGCGUGACCACACGAGUGACCACCACUCCGCAGAGAAAAAGGAAUGACUGGUGUACACAACAGCAUGGACGAAUCCCACAGAGAGUGUUCAUCGAGUGAAAGAAGCCAGACACAGAAUCGCUGCGGGACUCCACCGGUCUGAAGUUCAAGAAGAGGCAAAGCGGUUGGAUGGUACUAAAGGUCAGAGCGGUGGUCGACCUUGGGGGGAGCCUGCUGCCGGGCUGCUGGUGUCCCACGUCUUGAUGGGCGGGGGGAGGUUACGCAAGUGUUUACAGAGGUAGAAAUUCGGGGAAAUGUGCCUUUCAUCUAAGCUCGACCUCAAAAAAAUAAAUAAGACUAUAGAUAUCCACGUGCAUAUGCAAUCCAGUUGUAAAGCCUGUUCUGUGAUUGAUCCUGCACCUGGCUGCACAUGAGGGUCAGCGGGGGAGUUUUUGAAAAACAUAGGCCUUGACCCCACCCCCCCGAGAUUCUGUAAUGACUCAUCUGGGACAUUGGUGGGGGUUUCAAAGCUCCAGUUAGUUUUUUGCUUUUUGUUUUUUAAGUAAAGGCACUGCAGCCGUCCCUAGGUAAUUUUGAUGGGUAACAACAACCCUGGGCCCUGGGACUUCUGUCUCAAGGGUGGCCCUAGGCUUCCUCCCUCUAGGUGUUCAUAGUCUAUUAAAGGAGACAAGGUACCAGAAAUAAUUAAAAGUUGGGAUUGCCUCUGCUCUGAGAAAUCUCAAGAAAGAAGUUGGCAUAGACCUUGUGUCGAGAGAAGAAAAGGCUUUGUGGAUAAGACGGACCUCAAGUUGGACAGGUCAACCUUAAGCAGACGGAGAGGGCAUGGAUAAGCAUUCCAGGGUGGAAGGACACAAACAGGGGCACAGAGGCAGACGAGCCUUAGUAGCAUGAAGCGCACUACCUAUCUCUUCAGGGUCCUCUCCUGGAUGCUUCGCCAUCUCCUCCUCACCUCACGUAACCUCUUGUACAUCCCUGUAGAGUAACUGCUCCAUCUGCAAGUCUAACUCCCUAUUAAACCGUAAGCUCCCCAAAUACCAUGAUUGACAUACUCACUUUUGAACCACCCAACUUCCGACCUAAUUUCCUGCACAGAGAGGGAGAGAGGAAUAUAGUUUCCAACAGAGAGCUGGGAAGUCAGGCUGAAAAUGGUGUCAAACAGAUCUUACCUGAAGUCACUCAACUUGUAAGGGGUAGAAAUGAAUUCGGGAUCAGAUGCUGGAUAUCAUCCAUUUGCGCCCCGCCCCCCACAUCUAGUCUCCACCGUUCUCUGCCCUGCUCUGUGCCCAGAUGGACAGCAUCAGUGGACUCCCUUUCAGGGUCAAGUUGUUUUUGGCCGGGGGAAGGGCCCUGGUAGAAGAUGAGAGGCAGGAGCAGAGAGGAGUCAGGCUAUUCAUUGGUUAGACCCCCUGCUGGCGGGCCCCCCUGGACUGACUGGUCUCCGCCACCCGGCCACCACCAGCAGCCCCAGUGUCUGACCAGCAGCUCUCUCCAUCAGCUACAGAUUCUUUGCUCUUUAUUUUGUCACCAUCCCCCCACGGAGAGUUGUUAGACAUUCUUUCCCUAAUCACUCUCCCCCCUACCUAAAUUGCAAUACCACCAACAUGCUGGUUAUCUGUUUAGGCAUGCGUACUGAUGCUGUAUGCUUCCUACAUAAAAAGGUAAGCUUGUUUCAUGCCCCAAGCACCCAUUUUUGCCUCUUUGGGGGUGAUAUGGACCCCACUGGGAAGGCAUGAGCUCUCGGGGCACGCUGCUUCCUCCAGGCAGACUUGCAGCGACUCCCCACUGUUGCCAGUCCCGAGGCUCUUCACCCCCCCACCCCACCUUUGGGAUGCCUCUUAACCUUGCCCACACCUCUGUGCCUUUAUUAAACCCUCCAGCCUACCACCACCCUGACUGAUGGAGAUUCAGUGUCUGAGCCCACAGCACACCCCAGGAAUGUUCUGGAACGUUCUGGAAGCAAGGUAUGAGAGUAGAGAGUCACCCCCCGGAUCCCGCUCACCCCAGGCCUCCACCCCUCCCUCUUGGAGGUGACAUGGCUUGUCCCUCUCACGGCUCUCUUCCCUAGAACCCCAGGACUUGCAGGUGGAGGGGACACCUCAGCCACACAGCUCUUGCUUCCCAAGAGCAUUCAGCAUUUCCUCAGGUGCACAGAAAGUGCUCCCCUUUCUCAGAAGACUGGGAACAGAGCCACUUAGCCUCUUUACAAGGCUGAUGGAUGCCUCGAUUGUCAGCCUCCAACCUGCAAAAACAGUGAUGUCUCACACACGUCAACAUAGCUCUCUGAAUAUGUUCCCUGAAGACACAGAUUUCAUAUAUUACACGAUCCAUGCUCAUUGGCCAAGGGACUUUCCUAUCACCAGCUUCCUUCAAGGGCCUGCUUGGGGUUCUCACCUAACCUGUGGCUUCUGGGGACGCUUCUCGGCAAGCGUCUUUUCCUAACGUGUGAGCCCAUGUCUGCACUUUGGACCCGGAGUCUUGCAGUACCACAGGCUCACUCACAGGAGCUGUUUCCUGCCCCAGAGUCCUUAACUGCCUCUUUCUUGACUCCACCUGCUUUUCCCUUUCUUCUCUCUUUCAGUCAGCCCAGAUUUUCUGCCCAGCAUCGCUAAUAAUUUGGUGCCCCUUCACACUGAAAGCCACUAAAGGUCUUGCUCAGCAUUGUUUGAAGGAGCAGCAGAGAGCUUCCUGACAAGAUGGCAAGAACAAGCGCCCCCUGGUGGAAGAGCUCAGCCUCUCCUGCAUGAACCACAGCAAUUCUGCUCUGGCCCUAAACUUGCAUAUCUUCUUUAGUAAAGCAGUUCCUAAUCCUAGGAAGGCAGUUUAGCAAACAUCUUUGUUACAUGGAAAAAAAUCUCCCUGAGGGGUCUCACUCCUUAUUCCAAGAGCCUUAUCAGUGUCCAGACCUAUAUAAGUCUCCCCCCACAAGAGUUCCAGAAAACACUACUGUCUCCAUAUUAUUACAUGUCUAUUGCCGAUUUUAUGACCCUGAAGGAUGGCUGUCCCUGGCUAGUGUCCAGCUGGCCUGAUCCUUAAUUUACCUCUUUUUCCUGCCCCGUCCUGUUUUGCCUGCCACACCUCCUAGGAUGCUCCUUAGCGAAAGCCCCCACCAUCCCCUGGGUUAGAGUCAGAUACCUCUCGGCCCCUUCUCUCUCAACCAGAGAAGUUUGUAGUGCAAACUUUUGAGUCUCACAACCCCUUUCCAUUCUUAAAGUAGUGAGGACCUCAAAGAGAUGUCAUUUAUGUGAGUGCUAACCACUGACACUUACUGUUCAGAAAUUAAAAGUGAGACAUUGAAAAAUACUUAAUUCACUUAACAAUACUAAUAAACUCAAUUACAUAUUAACAUAUGUCACGGAAAGCUCAUAAUAUUUUCCAAAAACUGUAAUAAACGUAGUGAGAGGGGUGGCCUCGUUUGACCUUUUUGCAAAUCUGUAAUGCCUGGUUGUACAUCCUCCAACCUGCUUCUCACUCAGUCUGAUGCAAUCUGUUGUUUGUUGUUGAGGGGCAGGAAGAAAAUCACAGUCUCACAAAGUACAAGGUGGAAAAGGAAGGCCCUGCAGACCCCCUGAAAUGGUCUCUGGGACCCCGAGUGUCCUCAGAACACUGCCUGAGAGAGGGGUUCAAAUCCCGAUGUCCCCAUAGUAGAAAAGCCAGUCUUCACAGGAAGCAGAGAGUUUGUGUUAAGCCUUAACUCUUGUGGGUUGGUGACCACUUUGAGUAUCUGAUAAAAGGGAAAGUUCUUUGCCAGGAAGGAACACUGAUUUUAGUGGUUGCGGAGCGCACAUGUGCAUCAUUUCAGGGGCUGCACCAAACCCACGAAGCUCAUCUCUGACCUCAGAGUCACAGCCCUAGAUUGAAGGAGAAGGUACCAGAACAGUUGCUUUGCUGAAAAGCCCCAUGAUUGCUUCCAGGCCCGGAACAAGAACGCAGCCCCUCCCAUCCAGUCAGUGCAAAGCCACAUCCAGGGCUAAUUAUAAUGACAGUGGUGGCUAUUAUCUUGGGGAGUUUUUAUGCCAGGCCAGGCUCUGUAUCUGCUUUACACACAUUACCCCACUUUCUCCUCGAAAGAGCCCUCGACGCUGUUACUAUCUCCAUUUUAUAGAUGAUGAAACUGGGACUCAGAGAGGUAAAGUCACUCCCCCAGGGUCACACAGCAGAGCCAAAAUUAGACCAGCUCACUCUGGCAACUGCACUCUUAGAUCCCAGUGCCAGUGUCUUCACAACUGGGGGUGUGUGUGAGUGUGUGUGUGCAUUUGUAUGUGUAUGUCUGCGUGUGUCUGCGUGUUUAUAAUCAUGGGGUCUGAAAGGAGAAGUCUGGAAAAACGGACACAAAAGUGUUAGCAGUUUUUACCUACAAGGUUGAGAAAACAGAUAGACCUGUACUUGCUAAACCUUUACUUGUUUGAAAUUUUAAAUCAGAAAAAUAAAAUGGAGAUUUUUUUGA